AUGGCGCCUUUUGUUUCGCACGCGCUCCCGAUCGCGCUGCUAUUAACAAGAAAUAUCGUAUCCGCGCAAACUUACCAGAUAGAUUCUGAUGACGACAUCAUGUCAACAUCCAAGUCUCUCGCUCAAACUCUCAUGACUUAUUACCACGGGAACGAAUCCGGUCAAACACCCGGCAUACUCCCCGGCCCUCCCCCGGCAGGUGAUUACUACUGGUGGGAAGGCGGUGCGCUUUGGGGAGCAAUGAUCGAUUAUUGGCAUUAUACUGGCGACACCACCUACAACGACGUAGUUUCCCAAGCCAUGCUUUGGCAGGUUGGCCCAAAUAAAGACUAUAUGCCCCCCAACGUUACCGCCUCGCUUGGAAAUGAUGAUCAGGGAUUCUGGGGCAUGUCUGCCAUGCUAGCGGCUGAGCUCAAUUUCCCCGACCCUCCUUCAGAUCAACCUCAGUGGCUAUAUCUAGCCCAAGCAGUCUUUAAUACUCAAGCCGACCCUAGUCGCCAUGAUGAUACCUGUGGUGGUGGUUUGCGAUGGCAAAUCCCAUUCGCGAACAAUGGAUAUGACUAUAAGAACAGUAUCGCCAAUGGCUGCUUCUUCAAUCUUGGCGCCCGCUUGGCACGUUAUCUGAAUAACGAAACAUACGCCGAUUGGGCAGAGAAAACCUGGGACUGGGUCCAGAGUGUUGGCUUGAUGGACAGCGACUACAGGAUAUACGAUGGCGCUCACGUUGAGACCAACUGUACUGAUAUCAACAAGGCCCAAUUCUCAUACAAUAACGCCGUAUACCUAUUAGGGGCGGCGCAUAUGUACAACUACACUGGUGGAGACUCGAAAUGGGAACAGCGACUUAGUGGACUCUUGGACGCAACGAUUCGCGACUUCUUCAAAAACAACGUUGCUUAUGAGAUCGCAUGCGAAGAUCACAUGACCUGCACAACAGAUAUGUUGAGCUUCAAGGGUUACUUACACCGAUGGAUGACGACUAUGACACAGAUCGCCCCGUUCACGGCCGAAAAAGUCCUACCGGUUCUAAAGGACUCAGCCCAGGCUGCCGUAAAGCAGUGUACUGGGCCGCCAGCCGGGAAGACCUGCGGGUUCGGAUGGGCAAGUGGCACAUUUGAUAAUAGUGUCGGUGCUGGCCAGACAAUGAAUGUUCUAGGAGCUGUCUCGUCUCUCUUGGUCGGGAAGGCUAAACCGCCAGUGACGAUGGAAUCCGGUGGUACGAGCGAAGGCGAUCCGAAUGCCGGAGCGGGAAGCGACUCUUUUAUCCACACGCCAGUGCCAAUAACAACAGGAGAUAGAGCAGGUGCUGGUAUUCUAACCGCCCUAGUUCUAGCUUCUGCGGUUGGGACAUUUGGAUGGAUGAGCAUCGGAGUGUGA